UGCAGCCGCAGGGUCUGUUUCCUCUGUAGUUACACCUGCUAGUACACUUUAUCAUAUCCAGCCUGGUAUCGAUGAUCUCUAUUACUUUGGGCAGGUACAAAGAGGCCAAAACAGUCCACCACCAGCCCACUAAAUAAUGACUUUCUAUGGCAUCUUACAGCAGCCCCUCUGGCAUUUGCCAGAAUUGACAGAUUGCCAGUCCAGGCCUGCUCUGGGCCAAUGGGAAGAAUAAUCCAAGUAGCUGGAAGUGCGACAGCGCCAAAGAAGGAGAAGGGAAAGGAACCCCGCAGAUGCGCACUCCCGGCUUCAGAUUAGGGGUUACGCGCGUUCCUUUUGGAUUCGCUCGCAAUGCGCGCCCCCAUUGUAUUUGCACCUCCUCCUCCUGGUACCGCGCUCCAUGCCCAUAGCUUUGAACAGAGCUGCAGCCUUUCAGUGCUGGACGGGAUCCGGGAGAGAUGGAGGCAGCUCCGAGCCCCACGCUUAGCAAGGACUUACCUGCUGGUCCCCACACAGCUUCCCUCUAGCCGCAUUUACAAAUGACUGUGUACAAUUGUAUCUAAUUUGAUGCCAUUGUUUGGGCAAUGGGUAUGUGCUUCACGGGGAACACAUUCCUAUGCCUAUGUAUUCAAAUGAAGACUAACAAUGAGGUGGCCGAGCUUUACUGUACAGUCUCGAAGCACAAACAGCUUGAAGUUCAUGUUGGCUGAUUUGUUUCACAAGAAAAAAUAAUAAAGAAAAAGCCAAGGGAAAAUUAUGACAUCAGCAUCUAAAGGAAUCUUACGGGCAUUUUUAGCUGUCAGCGGUGUGUUGAUCUGCUUUAUGAUAUGUUUACUGAUAUACGUCAAACCAACAAACAACUGGAUUUCCAGUCCUAUCGAAUCAGCACAUUCAGUCCUUAAAAUGAAGAAUUUUUUCUCCUCUAAACAGAAUUAUUACAAUGAAACCGUCGUUCUAAUUUGGGUGUGGCCUUUUGGGCAGACUUUUGAACUGAAAUCCUGCCAGACAUUGUUUAAUAUUUAUGGGUGCCAUCUUACUACUGACCGCGCACUCUACAACAAGUCUCAUGCUGUCCUUCUUCACCACAGAGACAUUAGCUGGGAUCUCAUUAACCUGCCCCAACAGCUGAGGCCACCUUUCCAGAAAUGGAUUUGGAUGAAUCUGGAAUCACCAACACAUACGCCACAAAAAAGUGGCAUUGAGCACUUAUUUAACCUGACUCUGACUUACAGGCGUGACUCAGAUAUCCAAGUGCCAUAUGGCUUCAUGGUCGUAAGCACAAAACCAUUUGACUUUGAGGUGCCAAGCAAAGACAAGUUUGUCUGUUGGGUUGUUAGCAACUGGAACCCAGAACAUGCCAGAGUCAAAUAUUACAAUGAACUUAUCAAAUACAUUGAAAUUAUAACUUAUGGGCAAGCUUUUGGUGAAUACCUGAGCGAUAAAAGCCUGCUUCCAACUAUUGCAUCUUGCAAAUUUUAUCUGUCUUUUGAAAAUUCCAUUCACAAAGAUUAUAUCACAGAAAAACUUUAUAAUGCAUUAUUGGCUGGGUCAGUGCCCAUUGUAUUGGGACCUCCUAGAGAAAACUAUGAGAACUACAUUCCUGCAGAUUCCUUUAUCCACGUGGAAGAUUUUCUCUCUCCAAGAGAAUUAGCUGACCAUCUUUUAAUGCUGAACAAAGAUACAGAACAGUACCUGAGCUACUACAACUGGAGGAAACAUUUUACAGUCAAUAUGCCUCACUUCUGGGAAUCCCAUGCAUGCUUAGCGUGUGACCAUGUGAAAAGGCAUCAAGAAUACAAAUCAGUCGGGAAUCUAGAGAAGUGGUUCUGGAACUAACAUAUUACUAAAGCAAAUUGAAGGGGGAAAAAUAAAAACUACCAGCAUUUUAGUGCUUUGUCACAUAGUUGAAUGCUUUGGCAAUUGCAUUAUUUAAAUUAUGUCCAAUUGAAAAUUCUACUUUUCACAUCGAAAUCAUUAGACUUGUUUUUGGCCAUCCUCUGUGUAGCUGUUUGUGUACGUAUCAGUUUUAAUGUACAUCUUGGGCAUUUUUCAUGCACUUUUUAACGCACUUGAUGAACUCUGUGCGUCAUGUAACAUUUUGAAAUCAGCAAUUUUUAUGUGAUUGUAUACUUGUUAUAGGAAAUCUAAGUGCAUCUGAUACUCUUUACCAGAUGGGAAUAAUUUAUUAUUGUAAUAUGUAUUUUUUUUUUUUUUUUUAAAUAGAUGUUAAAUGUUCAGGGUGAGACAUUGAAAAAAACUGGCCUCUCUUGGUAGUAUGUUUCCACAUACUAUAAAAUAUUUGCACCUUUCAGUAUAGUAAACUAAUGUAUAUUCUGUACUAUACGUUCAAAUACAAGUAUCAGCUGAGCCAGUAUUAAUACCGCAAAUCUAUCUUCUCAUCAUUGAAAUAUCACAAAUUAUUUUUUAGAUGUCUCACUUUCUGAUCAUAUUGAUCAUAUAGUUUAGCAUUUUUUUCUUGCUUGGUUAGAUCUGUUCAGAUGUGUCUGGCUUCCUUGUAUUUUCUUAAGGGAGUCAUGAUCUUUAUUUUCAUACAAAGAAUUGAGGGUACCAAUGCAAUAUUUGUUAGGAUUUUGAAGAAAAUUGUUUGUCUCAAUUGCAAGUCUGCUUCUGCCGAGAUAAUAUAGAUUAAUGAAUGGAAAUACUACAUAACGUAUGUCAAAAGCGAAAUAGCUUUUUAGUAAAGAUGGGGUUUCUGGAGCCUCUAAGUUGGUAUGGAAGUCGAAUUUCACAGUGUAGGAAUGAACAGGGUUACAUUUUUUCUACUCUAAUUUUUUUGGGGGAAUGAAAAAAAAUAAAGUAUUUACAAAAAAAGGGAAAAAUAUUCGUUAUAA